GACACCCACAGUGCUUGGCUACUGCUGCAAUUUCAGAACCAUAACCAUAGCAGAAAUACUCUCGAGAAUUGGUUAAUUCCCACACUGUGUAUCCUACCUCUUUAGCCAGCCCGUGUCCUCGAUUAUUCUCUACGUGCAUUUUACUGUACAACGACCCGCACUGUAGAAAGCGGAGAUGGACGCGGAGAAAUUGCUUGCUAUACAUUCGAUUCUCCACCUCCUAUUCCACCGCAACAAAAACCAACACGGCAAUACCAAGUGGUGGAAAUGGCUAGCGACAUUGAAGCGGACAACUCUGAAACUCGCAAUGUCCAUUGAUCGGCUGCCAUAUGUCGGAGACCAAUACAAACAUUACCUUGCACACAAUAUCAUCCCUAAAUGCUACCUUGUCUUCUCUACUGUUGUAGCCGACGGGCAGUUCUCUACACUAGGGACAGUGCUCUUAGCCACGCUUGCCCGCCUCGCCAAAGUGACCGGAAUUCACAAAGUGCUUAGAAAACCUGCUAGAACUGGGGAUAUUGCCCCUACUCUUGGCCGGAGCAACAAAUGCAUCAAAGAAGAUACGGGGACAAUUAUCUUGCGAAGCAGGCAGAGUCCAGGUCCUUUGAUACUGCCUGACCAUGGUGACCUGAACGGUCUGGGCCGUAUGACUGGUCUGAAGAACACAAGAAGCUUGCCAAGCAGUUCGCAAGGUUGCGAAGAUACAGACAAGAAAAAUCAAACCCAGAAGAAGACAAAAAAGAAGAAAAGAAAAGAUGCUAUCGAUGACUUAUUUGACUCUUUACUAUAGUUGAC